AUGGCCACGGAGUUUGACGAACGAGUGGGCUUUCUAACCUCUCCUUCCCAACCUGAGAAGAAAGCAGCCGUUGAAAUUGUUCGAGAAUUAACGGGAUCUGAGGAUGGUUACCGUCUCUUUUCAAGUAUGCCAAGAGCUCAGCGGAGUAUUCUUCAGGAGAUGAUAGAAUCACGCUUAAUUUUUGAGCAAAUUUCUUCAUAUGCAGUUGGAACCUAA